GCGCAACCGCAGUGACUGACUGACGCAAAACCUGAAGGGGGUCGGAAAGGAGGGGGAAAGGAACGGCGCCAUUUUCCCCACUCAAAUGCAAAGCGGGAUAGGAAAUAGUUUGAGCAAGAUUAUUAAUGAUAUUAUUAAUCUUUCAGCAACCGCACUACUGAGUGCAAAUCGACAGUAUUGAGCCUUUCCGAGAGGGCGGUGCGGAAAAAAUAAGAACAACUGUGUAUGAAGCAGACACCCCACUUAAUAGCAGCACAUUAUUUAAAACAAGCAUAUGCACGUAGAGGCAGAAUUGGCUGCUAAGCAACUGGACAACAUUCUCAAUAAAUGGUUUGGCCAUCUUGAUGAGAACUGAGAAGAGAGAAUGAAAUCAACAAACUUCUGUCUUAGCACUGAAGGAGCAGAUGUUAUUCUAGCGACAUCAAAUGAUGAAAAAUAUCCUCCAGAAAAUAUAAUUGAUGGACGAUCUGAAACAUUUUGGACAACAACUGGGCUGUUUCCACAGGAAUUUAUUAUUUCUUUACAUAAAUGUGUAAUGAUAAGCAAACUCACAAUCCAGUGUUAUUUAGUGCAGACAUUACGGAUUGAAAAAAGCACGUCUAAAGAUCCAGUAGAUUUUGAGCAUUGCAUUGAAAAAGACCUGGAAUAUAAAGAAGGGGAACUUCAAAUAGAAGAAUUUUCUUUUCCUGAGUUCCAGGCUACACACCUGAGGUUCAUCAUUUUAUCUGCCUUUGAUACUUUUGUGUCAGUUCAUAGGAUAAUAGCGGAAGGAAUAGUACAAGACAUUUAAAGCCAAGGUUGAAAUGCUAUGUUCAGAAGAAGAGUAAUAAUAUGGUACUGAUUUUUCUGUACAUUAAAUAAAGCAUGCAUUCCAUUAAA